GCUAUAAACAGGCAAAAAUUACAGGAACCACUGAGUAUUUUAAGCAUGAAUACAAAUGCGAAAAAAGUUGUCCUCACUGGAAUGGGAUGAAGAUCUGCUCCCAUACCAUCGCUGCGGCUGAAUCGAAUGGAGAUUUAUCGAAAUUUCUCGUGUGGUACAAGCAGAAAAGAAGUACCAAAGCAGCAAAUUUGUCUGCGGUUGUGCGUACAGACAUGCCACAACAUCCCGGAAGAAAAGGCGGUGUACCUGUUACAUCAAGAAGAGCAACUCCUAAACUACCCGUUGAUGCACGACAAAAGCGCACAUACAGUAAAUCUACUGAAAAUUUGUCUAUUGUAACAGAGGUACCAAAUACAAACCCAUUCUACGUUAAAAAGAUGAACAUUCGAAUUGAAGUAUGCCAAGGAUGCAGGGGUCCUCUGAAGUCGGCAGGGAAAGAAAUUCAGCCCCCGCCGUUUGAUUACUGUAUUGCGAGGAGGGAAAGACGACCAUACAGGGGUGACAAUGGCCAACUGAAAACUCCAUCCCGACAGUCAGAUGCACAUUAUCACCUGCGAGCAGCAUGCGUUAAAGCUGCAGAACCGUCAUUUGUAACAUCUUCUCUUGUGAUACCUGACGACAUCCAGCUAACAGAAGUUCAUGAAUGCUAUCUCGUCCAUGAGUUUGGGCUCAAUUUCGUUGCGAGAUAG